CCCCUCCCCCCGGUUUUUUCUUUUUCGUGCCGAUGUGUUUUAAAUGGUGAUGUUCACUGACGACUCAGCCCUCCUUCCUUCCCAUAUCCCAAAUCCCUGAAGAGAGGAGAGGCAGAACAGUUCCUCCAACGAGCAUGAGACUUUGCUUCAGAGACAUUGUAGCAAGGAUUGUGCCGUUCUGGCAGAAAUGAGGAACAAUUUUUUUUCUGUUCUUGAACCUUCUCUUCAGAAAAAGACAUGGACUGGGGAGAUGAAAGAUCUCAAAUUCUAGACCCACUGUGGCCGACAAACAGCAGAGCCUCCUCAGACUGCCGCCAUCUGGGAUAUGCCAUCAACUCUAGGAAGCAACCACUCGCAGAUCUAUGGGAAAAGGUGCAACAAAUGCAACAAUCUUUUUCAAGUAUUUCUGCUUCCCAGAGAGAUUUGAUAAUCCUGCCUCAGCGCCAGCCAGGGUGUGGUGGGCCGUCUGGCCAGGAAUAUUGGCAGAAAUGUGGGCGAUACCAAGUGAAAUCUCUUCAGUCCUGUGCUUGGCCUUCUACCAAUCCGUGUGGAAGCGGUGCAGUGCGGCGGUCCGUGACAGCUCAUUGCAGCAGUGAUUUCCUGUGGAGGUUUACAUGGCCAAAAGUCAAAGUAAGACACAUGGGAAAAAAUCACGGAGCACCAUAUGCCAUGGAUGUGCCAAGGAGCAACUCCAGCCAUGUUACCACUGCAGCUGCUGCCGAAACCUGGCCAGCCAGUGUGCUAAGGCUGGGACUGCUGAUGAUUGGUACUGCAAGACUUGCGUGCUGUGUAAAAGUUGUGAUGAUGCAGAUGAGGAAAAGUUUUGAAAAGCUACACCUCAGACACUGGGGUCUAGAAAAGUUGGCUCCUCAACCACUUUGGUUUGAGACUAAUGGCAAACUCAAGAAGAAGUCUGAAAAAGAUGAGAACUGUGGAUUUAAAAAAGUGGUUUGA